CGACGAUACAAAAAAAUCCUUAUAUAAACUCCUAUUCUUCUUCUUCUUCCGCGAUUUCUCUUUUCACUCUUCACUUUCUAUACGCAUAUAACCAUCAUCGAUUCAUUCCAUCCUUAUCCCGCGAAACCCCAGACAAGAUGUGCAAAUAUAUCAUAACAAACUUCAGCUGCGACCACAUGACCGUCGAACACCUACCCUGCGCACUCAAAACCAGCGAGUUCCCCCAUUUCCGGCAAUGCAAAAUCGGAGAAGAGAACCGGACCUCUCAUACCAUUUGUGGUGAAUGCAGACGUGAACGAGUAGAUGUCAGGAGACAGCCAAAGCACCACAAUCUUAGAAGCGCAUUUACUUUGAAGAGCAAAUCGCUCGGCAUGAGAAAUCUAUUCCAUCUCCCAAGGCGCCGCCGGCCGGUCGCCCAGCAUCUGGAUGGUGAGCGCUUUUCGGAUAAGGAGGUGGUGGAAUCCCAAGGUUUGCAAGCAGCGGUUCGCGGUCCCAUAGCAUCAUCAGACUCGGUUGUCAACCAUGAAAAACCAAAGGCAACGCCACCCAUCGCAAGCCACGAGGGAGGCAGACAAUCAAGUCGUCGCCCACCCACCACCCUAGACCAAGGAGCAGGCCUCACUUGUAAUCACAGGGAAGGGAGAUAUAAAGAGAGCCGAAUCACAGCGAAAAACCUUUACGGCGAUCCCUCGAAUUUUUCGGAAAGACGAACGAUAACGGAGCGACAAGAGAGCGAGCUCUUUUUUACUCAUGAACGAACAAUCGACAGAGGAGAUUCCACAACCGUGAUGAAUCCAGGUGAACCAAAGCGCAAAGCGCCACGACCAAGCGACAGAGACCCGUUGAGCACUCUAGAUGAUCCAGGAGAAUGGGAAUUUUGGGAGAUCCCUGACACGACGCUGCCUGAAGAAGUUCAGGUAGUGCAGGCCGCUGCGGAACCCCAGGAGUCGACGACGCAGGCGUCGGAUAAGACAUCGUCAUUCCCUGAGGACCCUGGGAUAAUAUCCGGCAAAAAGGAACCAACUCUGGCGUCAAAUAUCGAGCCAUAUGAGAUGGCUGCUUGA